AUAAGAUCCGAGUAAUCGCCUGGCUGUGACAAAAUUUUAUUAAAAUAAUUCACAUAGAAGGAAAAAACUAACACUCUCUCGGCUGGUUAACACAAAGAUGUUAAAUUUGGUAGUGGCCUAUUAUUAACAGAAAAACUCACUUUAAAAUCUAUAAGUACUUAGAGCGCCGAAUAAAUACUUUAGUUGCCAAUGUCUUUUGUAGCCAUCGAACGCCUGCUUUGUGGAUGCCCGCGAUUUGGCCGCAAUUUCAUCAAUACGUCGCGGGCGCUGACCUCUGACUUGUGGCGCACGAUGGUCGAGGAGUGUGAUGGCACGGCAGAAAGUGGCGUAAAAUCCAGGACGGAGAUGAAGGGCAGUUACUGCUUCGCAUUUUUUCCGCAGCGCUGCAACGCUUCCUUGGUAUACGUUGCGCGCCGACGCUUCUCGACAUAUGAAAAGAGGUCUACGCAAAUUCUAUCUAAACUGUUUCCCCAAACCUCUACGGAGCACAACGACGAGAAGAGUCAUGAGCGGCGCCAACGAGAGGAAGAGGAGGAGAUGAGGGAAAUGGAGAGGGCUUUGAAGCGGAUGAAACUCGGCUUUGGCCUCGUUGGUAUAGGAGGUAUAUUGGUCUCGUUUUGGGCCAUUUAUUACUUCGGAAGGCCAUCGCUAGACGACCAGGGAAAAGAAGUUAUAGACGAGUUUAGUGAGUUGCCCCUAACGCAGCAGUACACGGCUCGUACAUGGAAGUCGGUGAACCACUUUCAACGAUUCAUUCAAGAGCCAUCGAGUCAGAAGCUUCUUCCCGAUCCUCUUCAGGCUCCAUAUGUGCAGCCAGCUUAUACAUUGGUACUUGAGAUUAAGGAUGUGUUGAUACAUCCUGACUGGACUUAUGAAACAGGCUGGCGCUUUAAGAAGCGACCCGGCGUUGACUUAUUUUUAAAGGAAUGCGCUAAGUAUUUUGAAAUCGUUGUUUACACGGCUGAGCAAGGGAUUACGGUCUUUCCGCUGCUCGACGUCCUUGACCCAAACGGCUUUAUCAUGUAUCGUCUGGUUCGCGACUCAACACACUUUGUUGGGGGGCAUCACGUGAAAAAUUUAGACAACCUAAACCGAGACCUAAAGCGAGUAGUGGUCGUGGACUGGGAUAAAAACUCCACCAAAUUUCACCCUUCAAAUUGUUUCUCGAUCCCAAGGUGGAAUGGGAAUGAUAAUGACACUACCCUUUACGACCUUGCAUCGUUCCUUAGUGUUCUGGGUACUAGUGAGGUAGAAGAUGUUAGAGAAGUGCUGCAGUACUAUAAUCAGUUUACCGACUCCCUAUCUCAGUUCCGAGAAAAUCAGAGAAAGCUCAGUGAACAAAUGCAAGCUGAGACGCUGGAAAGGCAUAGCAAGCCGGUUGUUAAGAAUUGGACCCGUGGUUUCAUAAAGCAUUAAUAUGAUUAUAGAUUAAUGAGUCUUUUGAAUUUUUGUAUUUCGCAAGAAUAAUUCCAAAAAACCUUUUAAAAACUGUUAAAAGAAGGUGAAGUAAAUCUUAUUCGAAACUUAA